AUGCUAUUUGUAAAUAAGCAUCCGACCCUCAAGGUUCGAGUUGUACAUGGAAAUACCUUAACAGCAGCUGCGAUUCUUAACGAAAUCCCCGAGGAUGUGACUGAAGUGUUUUUGACUGGAGCAACCUCUAAACUUGGAAGAGCAAUUGCUCUUUAUCUUUUUGCAGAAAGGAGUCCGAGUUCUGUUGGCAAGUGGAUCAAACCAAGAGAGCAAUAUUUUGCCCCAGCUGGAACACACUUCCAUCAGUUUGUAGUUCCACCUAUUCGGCAGUUAAGAAGAGACUGCACAUAUGGAGAUCUUGCAGCCAUGAAGCUGCCUGAGGAUGUGGAAGGGUUAGGAUCUUGUGAAGUAAGAAAUCUUGAUUUGUCUCCUGUCUUUCGAGGAGUAGUUCAUGCAUGCCAUGCUGGUGGAGUUGUUCACUCAUUAGAAGGCUGGAAUCACCACGAAGUUGGAGCUAUCGACGUCGAGAGAAUUGAUUUAGUGUGGAAUGCUGCACUCAAACAUGGUUGA